AUGAAUGCAUCUGAACAGCCACCUCCACCUCCAUUUUCACCUUCCUCAUCAUCAUCUUCCUCUCCGAAUGGUGAUGGCUUACCUGAAGAUGCAUCAACGUCCGUAAGAGUCAAACACCUAGAAAGUAUCAUCCCAAUACCUCCUCCUCCUCCGUUUUCUCCUGAAGAAGGCGAACAAGAACAGCCUACGACGAGAAUUUCUUCAGAAGAUGUUGCAAAAAGUACAGGUUCUUCAUCUCAAGAAAUGAACAAGCCUUCAUCGCAGAGUCAUCAUCAUGCAUUAUUAUUGUCAGCAUCGGAUUCAACUUCCCAAGCUACUCCUGUGUUGGAUGGUUCAAAUACUAGUCCUCAUAAAUCACCAAUACCACCUCCACCUCCUUUUUCACCUUCAUCGAGUCAUGACUCUUCCGAAGAAGAAGCAUGGAAGAUGGGUGUGAGUGAUGAAAAUAAUUUCAUUGCACGAUUAGUGAAAGAGAAGGAAGAGGAAGAACAGAAUGCAAUGUCAGCUGCUCCUUCGACGAAUAAUGGAGGUUCGAUUCAACAACAGGAUCGAUUACCAACACCUCCACCUCCGCCUUUUGAAGAAGCAAAUUUGUCACAACAAGUGCCACCUGUCACCAUGAUGUCAAACCAUCAUGCUACAGAACCUUCAGUAGAUUAUUCGAAAUAUUAUAAUUAUUUUGGAGGAUUUAAUCCAAUUGGCAUGGAGGAUCCCACAGCCGCUUUACAGCAACCAAUAAGACCUCAGUCUCAACAACCUGUUAUUCCAAAAUUGGACACAAAAAGAUUCACAGAAGUCAACUCAGAAAUUCUUCCAAUACAAACUGAAAUUACCAAUCCUCAGGAUGGAAAUAAGAAGGUAUUAUCUAAAACACUGGGUGGAUGUUUUGCAUGUAUUUGUUUAGGGCCAAUGCUUUGCUGCUUGUGUUUCUUUUCCUUAAUUGAAUUGCUGUGCAUUAUUUUAUAUGAAUAUUUCGCAGCAAGAAAUUAUGAUCCAAAUCCAACGCCACAAGAUUGGACAAUUAUUCCAAUGAUCUUUGCAGCGCAAAUAAUUACAUUUAUAGUAGUGGUGCUGUGUGGAGUUGUUUCAUCACUUGUGGCUACUUCAUCCAUGUGUGACACAACUCUUACGAAAAACGAAACUAGAAGUCGAUUUAUAAUUUCUGUUAUUGCAUUGAUUGUUAGUGUGUUUUGUAUUUUACUGUUGUUAGUGAGAGGAGGAUUGGAAGGAUAUACCACACAAGUACUAGUUGAUUACAAAAUAAUACCAGCAGCCCAAUCACAAAAUUUUGGACAAGUGGUCACCACUCAAUAUAAUGUCAUUCCAUCAAUUGUGAUUAUUGCGAUGUUUGGAUUAUGUGUGUUGCUAGUAGCAUUGUGUGGAGUAUGUGGUCUGGGAUGCUUGUGUUGGUUUAGUUGGUGUUCUAUUUGUUUAUAUAAGAAUAGAAGGAAGAGAGAAACGCAACAAUUCGGCAAAUCAACAACAACUUAUAUCAACAACACUUAUGCAACUCGAGCCGUGUUGCCUUAA